AUGGCUGCUGACUGGCUGAACCCCAACUUGACUGAAAGAGAGAAGCAAACCGAUGAUAAAGAGGAGUUAUUUGUGUUUGGAUAUGCAUGUAAACUAUUUAGGGAUGACAAGAGGGCAUUAUCUAUCGACCAAGGAUCUCAUCUUAUUCCUUGGAUGGGCGACGAUAAACUACAGAUAGACAGGUAUGACGGGCGAGGUCAUUUGUAUGACCUUAAGCCAUAUGACUCUAGUCAUGCCCAGCCCUGCGUACUGACCCCAGAGGAGAAGAAAUUGGAGGAGAUGUGUGACGAGGAAAGAUAUCUGGAGCUCCAUACAGAUGUAGCAGAAAAGAAGUUACAUGAGGAAGAGGAAUGGAAGCGAUAUUACCAGUCUCUCUCCGAGGGUUAUGGAGCAGUAGGAUUUAGCUAUGAACAACAGCAACAGGAUGAAUAUGCAGAAUACUAUCAAGCCAUUUCAGAAGAGGAAAAACCUUUCACAGUUCCGUCUGAGUUGAAUCUUCCAGAGGAUAUUACACCACCCAGUACAGAAAAAAGUAAUGCAAUCAUCUUGAAAACAGCCAAGUUUGUUGCCAAACAAGGAGCACAGAUGGAAAUCUUGAUCAAAACUAAGCAGGCCAAUAAUUCACAGUUUGAUUUUCUUCAUUUUGAAAAUCCACUAAACCCUUACUACAAGCACAUGGUGAAGAUGAUCAAGUCUGGAAAGUACAAACCUAAAGAGGAAGCUGUUGAAGAAGAUGAUGAAGAUGAAGGUCAUGGACAUGGAUAUCUCCACCCUAGUUUGAUGGCCACUAGGAAAGCUGCCCCAGCCCCUGAGGUGCCAGCAUAUAAAGCUGUGGAGAUGCCCAAAAUCUCUGUACAUGAUACACCAUAUGGUCAGCUGAUUAAAUCACUGGCCAAGAAACAACAACCUGACACAGCUCACAGCUCCAGUGCCAACCAAGUUCCUGAUUAUGAGGAGGAAACAAAGCCAUUGAAACCACCACCUCUACCACCAUUUUACCAGGAUUCUGUACCUGGUGGGAGCCACCAUGCUCACCCACCACCCCCCGGGAUUGAGCCUGUUACCCUUCCUACACACAUGCAGACUGAGCCUUUGCCUCCUGGGACUGAUGUAGAGAGACCAGUUCUGCCUCUGAGACAUACACAGGUUGUCAUGGAGGACUAUCAGUCUGAUAGAGGUUCCCCAGGCCCUUUUGAACAAAUUGUACCACCUCCACCAGAUAUACAGCCAGUGAUUGACAGAAUGGCAAUGUAUGUGGCCAAAAAUGGAAUCGAAUUUGAAAUCGUUGUCAAGAGCAAAAAUGAUCCAAGAUUUGAGUUCCUAUUACCACAUCAUGUCCAUUUUCCAUAUUAUGAUUUCAAAAAGCAGAUACACAUGAGGGAGGCAGCAAAGGAAAGGGAGAAGAAAGGAACUGAGAAACCAACCAAGCUGAGUUUUUCUAUUAAACCCAAAGCCAAGGAGAAAGAGCAUAAGCAUAAAGAAAAGAAGAAGAAGAAAAUCUUUGAUAAUGAAAGCAGUGAAAAUGAUGCUGACUCAGACAGAGAGAAGUCCAGUGCCUCGGGAACGUCGACUCCUGUAGGGAGUGACUAUACAGAGGAGAGGGUAGAAAAACCCCAGGUACCCCAGGAGGAGAGGGAUAGAAAAUUAGUUGAGGAGCGACUAAAGGACAAAUUAGCUCAGGCUGCCAGGGAGAAGCUUGCUCAGACUUCAAGGGAAAAACAGAUGCAAGCAGAAAGAAAAAGGAAAGCUGCCAUGUUUAUUAACAUGCUGCGUUCAUGUAAUUCAGGAGCAGCUGGUGAUGAGGAAAAAUUGGAAGAAGAAUUACUAAGAGCAAAAUCAUCAGAAAGGUCUAACCCCUCCACCACACCAGGCUGUAGUCCUUACUAUGGGCCACUAGAAAGAGAUAAAAGUGAAGGAGUCAGUGCCAAAAAGCCAAAGAAGUCAAAGCACAAGGACAGGUCAAGGAGAUCCAGGUCAAGGUCACCCAGGAGAAGGAGACGCAGUAGAUCUUAUAGCCCUCAUAGCAGCUCACACAGGUCUAAUUCACCGAAGAGAUCUCAGUCCUCAUCUCGAAGGAGGUCAAGGUCACCAUCAUAUAAAAGCAGUCACCGAGACAAACAUUCCAGUUCCAAAAAGUCAAAAAAGAGACGAAGAUCAAGAUCUCCUACUUCAAAACAGAGAAGUGACCUACCAGUUAGUAUUGACCUUACAGUGGAUGAUAGUCCAGACCACCCUACCCCUAGCCUGUCAAAUGGAGAUUCCUCAUACACUGGAUCACAGUAUAAUUUGGAAAGUGACCAAAGGCUGUUUGAAGAACAAGAUGUGUCCUCAGAUAGACUAACAUUGAGCAUGGAGGGGGAAGACAGUAAUAGUAAUGCCAGUGACUCCAAAUCUGUAUCAGGGUACAUGAGAGAAAGAGUAAGGGCUAUCAUCAAAGCCAGCAGAAAAGCUAUCAUGGAAGAAGAAGGGUCCCUGUAUGAUGAUACAUGAUGUUGGAUAUCAGACAAAUAUAAAUGGAGAACGAAAUCUCACUUCAACAGUGGAUGCUAAUCAAGUCCACAGAAUUGUUUCUUUAUAUUUAGAGGGACCUGGGGAUGUGAUCAAAUUCAAGUGCUGUUUCAGGUUUACUAGAUGUAGACCAGAAAAGCUUAUGUAAUGGUAAUGUGUCUGUUGUCCUACAGUUUUUAUCUGAUUUCAUUUAAACUUGUGAACAAGUAGACUACAUUUAAGUGCAUAAUAUUUUUUUGUGCCCUGCCAUGACGUCUGUCUUCUUUUCAUCAGUCCUCCUGUCACACUGUGUUUAGCUCAGUUUCAAAGAAAAAUACAUGUAUUUUUAAACAAAAUUAAAACACUGAUACGUAAUGGUGAGCCGUACAAAAAUGGCAUAUCUGACCUUGACAUCCCAGUGUCUUUGACCUUACUGUUCCCUAUUUUAUGUUUAGCAUUUUUUGGUUACAAUAGUUAAUACAGGAGGAAUAAUCUAAAUUCUUUAAUAAUGCUACUCCUUUUUAUUGAUUUCAAUAAACUUUUAAUACAAGAAGGCUACAUUUAUAUAUUACAUAUUUUUAUAUAUAUAUCAGUUUUAGAUUUCAUUGUGUUUUUUGGCAUGGUUUGCUAGAAAAAAAAAAUCUAUGACAUUAAUAUUCUUUCAAAAUGAUAAUACAUUUUGUUUGAAUUCAACCAACUUUGGUCUAAGAUAAGAAAAAAUCCAUAUCCAUAUAACAUCAAUAUGCCUAAUUCUGUAAAUGUAAAACUACAGAUCAAGUGAACUUUUCUCUUACAAUAUUCAAAUUCAGUAGAGCUACAGUUAGCUGUGAAGAUCUAAAAUAUAAGGGGAUUAAAGGAUUGAAAAAAAAAAUUCUUGUUAUAUCUUUCAUGGCAAUGUACUGUACAAUGUUAUGCUGUGUAUGACCUGUAUAGUUUCAAGAUGUUUAUUUAGAAAGGAGGAAUAAAUGAAUUGUCACUUG